AUGCCUGGCAUAUCUCUCCCGCCAUUCCCUGAUGAUGUCCCGACUAUCCCCCUCCUCGUGAUUGACUAUGAGCUCAUUAAAGCAGGCAACAAACACGAAAUCAACAAGCUCUGGGGCGCCGCUACUGAGCUGGGAUUCUGGUAUCUUAAGAAUCACGGCGUCUACCAAGAAGCUGAAAGGAUGUUCGACAUGGGCAUGGCCACGCUGGAGCUCCCUCUGGAAGAAAAAAUGCAAUACGAGCAGGGUGACUCGGGCGCGUCAUUCGGAUACAAGCACGCAGGCGCAUGGGCAAUUGAUGCUAACGGCACUCUUGACGCCGUCGAAUUCCUCAAUGUUGCGAAGGAUGAUAUCCUCGCUUGGCCAGAACACGUACAUCGUACUUACCCUUCGACUGUCAACGCAUACAUGACAUCCACACUCAAACCGUAUACGGAUAAGUCGCUUGAGAUCAGCUUUACUAUCUUUUCCGUCUUAGAGAAGAGACUAGGACUCCCUAGCGGUGCCUUCAUCCAGAGGCAUUCGCUCAAGGAGGCUAGCGGCAGCGAGACGCGAUGCAUCAGGUCCCCUCCCCGGCCUGAAGCACCUCCUGACAAGUCAAGUUUGGGUAUCCACUCAGAUUUUGGUUCCUUGGUAUCUACAUCCACUUCAUUACUCGCAGUUUCAGAAGUCAUUGACCGAACUCAGGCGAUCCUCCAUAAUCGCCUCGGCGGUUUGCAAGUUCUACCUCCAGGCUCGGAUGAAUGGAAGUAUGUCAAGCUGGUUCUACAGCCUGUCCCCGGUCUCGUCGUGUGCAACCUCGGUGAUGCCAUGGCCCUGUGGAGCGGCGGACUCUUGCGUUCGAACCUGCACCGCGUUGUCAAUCCGCCCAAAGCUCAAGCUUCUCAUGUCAGGUGGUCACUUGGGUUUUUCACUCGUCCGAACAACGACUCUAUUCUUGCUCCUUUGGUUGAGGACAGCGAGAUUAUCGCUGAGGCCGUAAACCAAACGCCGUUUGGCAAAGACAACCCGAACUUGACCCCUCAGACCGCUGGUGAUUGGUAUAAUCGGAGGAUCAAAAACAUGAGAAAAAACAAUAGAAAAGGGCCUGAAACAUGGCGCGCUAGCAGGGGCACUGAGCAUACUGAAGUAACUUCGUCUUGA